AUUCGUGAAAUUGACCCUAUCCAGCGACAGUCCAGACGGCUGCUCAUCUUUCGUCAACGCCAAACUCACGCCAAAUUUCACCUUGUCGCCCAUAACCCACACACUGCGGCAAGAUGCGUACCUACGAAGACAGCUUCUCCGGACAGAGGAUCUACCCUGGCAAGGGUAAGAUCUAUGUCCGUGGCGACAGCAAGGUGUUCCGAUUUGUCAACGGCAAGUCGGAGUCACUUUUCCUCCAGCGCAAGAACCCCCGUCGUAUUGCCUGGACCGUUCUCUUCCGACGACAGCACCGCAAGGGUAUCUCUGAGGAAGUUGCCAAGAAGCGCACCCGCCGCACCGUCAAGGCCCAGCGUGCCAUCGUUGGUGCCUCCCUCGAGGUCAUCAAGGAGCGCCGUUCCAUGCGCCCCGAGGCCCGAUCUGCCGCUCGCGCCGAGGCCAUCAAGGCCGACAAGGAGAAGAAGGCUGCUGCCCAGGCCGUCAAGAAGGCCGAGAAGGCCAAGAGCGCUGCCACCGCCGCCAAGGGCCAGACCCAGCGAAACGUGAGCAAGCAGGGUGCCAAGGGUGCUCAGCAGAAGGUCGCUGCCCGAACUCGCUAAACACACCGUAUAAAAUAAAACAAAAUGUUUAAAACAAAAGUACGAUACAAAGACGCGAGUUUUUCUUCCCCUCCCCUUGGGUGAUGCGGUGCGAGGCGAAUGGCAGGAGAGAUUGUCUGCUGUAACGCAGCGGACGAGCAAAGUGAAACAAAGUAUGGGAGUCUGUGGUUCUUGUCUCUUUCCGGCCGGUUCUUCUACAAUAUCGGGUUGUGCAUGGAAUGCCAUAGGGCGCAUUUGGUAGCUGAGCAAAUGACAUACCGGUGCAAUGGUUGCUAUUCAAAUGGGAAACUGUUGGCGCUGUGAAUACUUGGCUAAUUUCAAGGCCUGCCGAAAUAUUAUCUUGGGGAUGAGAUGUGAAUGUGUGACUUGGAGUUGUCCCGUCCCUGCCAUGUGGUUGAAGGGUUUGACUCUAUCAACUUUUGUUCGCACUUGGCCUUUACCAGGCCCAUUGAAGAAUGAAUGCUCAUAUUUGAUCUGUAAAGAAGGCUAGAAGAAUAUGAAGAGACAGGCCAUUUAUAUGGUCUACAAUGAUGGAUGUCUCAUAGAGAUUGUAGAUUACACAAACUGUAACUCUAUAUUUUGGCUGAUUAG